AUGGGCGGCUUCGCUCAAUGCUCUUGGCCCAUAUGGCGGGUAGAUGACUUCACCCUCUGCUUUCAAGUCGACCUCAGCCGCUCGGCGCUACGACUAUGCUGUACCGGAGCCUGCCGAAAACCACCACCCGCACAAUUGCCACCAAUAUCCGCGCUGCCUCCGCUAAUCAUUGCCUCUUACUUCUUCAGCUACCUCCGUGUUAUACUUCCUCUGCUCCUCGUCGCCCUGUCUGCCACCCGCAUCAUCUUUUUCAAUGUUGCUCGCAUUAUUGAGAACCGCAGGACUCAAGGCUAUGACGCAGUCCAAGAUGCCGACCCCCACGUCGUCGAUCAUACCGCCCUCCCGCCGGACCCCGACUCCGACUCCGAGCAAGACUUAGAGAUCCAUGGCGGUCGCCUCUCCAAGACAAUUUCUCGCGGUUCCGUGGUCCACGCUGAUCAGCCUCACGGCCAAUUGCUCUCCAACGUCGUCGAAACUUUGGCCGUCGUCGCCAUCGUCGCUCUCAACAUCACCGCCCUCAUCACCGGCACCGGCUCCUACGGUCAACGCGCUCGUCUGGCGGCCACGGCCAGCUUGAUUGUCUGGCUCUACACUUUCGCUCUCGUUUCUCUUCGCCUCUUCCUUGGUAACUCGAAAUGGAGGGUCCCUCACCUCUGGAACCAUACCGCCACCAUCUACACCGUCACCUGGGUCUGCUCCCUCGUCGUUUUCCGCUCCGCCCUGAUAAACCCGAGCUCGAACCUGGCCCAGGCCAUCGCCAUUGCUGAGUUUGCCUCAAUUACCCUUCUCUGGGGCAUGGCCAUCACCACCCGCAAGGGCAACAAGACCGUCCUGAUGGAAUGGGAGAACGGCUUGGAACCUUCCCGUGAACCGCUUGCCAGUCUCUUCUCGAUUGUUACCUUUUCUUGGGUCGACGACAUCGUCUGGGCCGGCUGGAAGACGCCGCUUGAGAUGAACGCCGUCUGGAACCUCUUACCCAGGGACAAGGCCGCCAACGUCAUUGCCGGCUACCGGUCCCUCAAGCAAACCGGAUCUCUCGUCGUCCACUUACUCAAGUACUUCCAGGGUCCUCUCACCGGCCAGUGUCUUCUUGCCGCGCUCGCCGGCGUUUUUACAUUUGCACCCACCAUGCUACUCAAAUACAUUCUCGAAUACGUCGAAAACCCCGAUGCCGCUCCGCGCAAUGUUAUUUGGCUCUUUGUCAUUCUCCUUCCCGUUCUCGACACCAUUCGCUCCAUUAGCGACAACAUCAGUCUCUGGACCGGCCGCAAAAUUUGCAUUCGCAUGCGCGCCAUCAUCAUCGGUGACGUCUACGCCAAGGCCCUUCGCCGCAAAGCCGCCGCUGGCGCCGAAAAGACCCUCGGAGAUUCCCCCGACGACGACACCGCCAAGGGCCCUGUUUCUACCAUCAGGCGAGCACUCGGGUUCAAGAGCAAGAAGAAGGCCCAGGACAAGGCCCAAGACAAGACCGCUGCCACCACCGACGAGCAAACGAAUCUUGGUACUAUCAUUAACCUCAUGUCGGUUGAUAGCUACAAAAUCUCCGAAACUACGGCCUAUCUGCACUUCCUUGUCGGGGCUGCACCCGUUCAGCUCGCCGUGUCCGUCUUCCUGCUCUGGCAGGUCAUGGGACUCAGCGCCAUUCCUGGCAUCAUCGUCAUGAUUUUCCUCGUUCCCGUCAAUUACCUCCUUGCCAAUGGCUUCAGCGUCACCUCCAAGAAAAUCAUGGCUGCCACCGACAAGCGAAUCCACGUCACCAACGAAGUCCUCCAAAAUAUUCGUAUCAUCAAGUACUUCGCCUGGGAGAAGCGCUUCGGCACCAUCAUUGACGAGAAGCGCGAAAACGAACUCAAGGCCAUGCGCUCCCGCUACGUCCUCUGGUCUGUCGCUGUCGCCAUCUGGAACUCGGUUCCUGUUCUCAUUACCUUCUUCUCUUUUGUCGUCUUUACGCUGGUCGAGAAAAGGCCUCUCUACCCCUCCAUCGCCUUCACCGCCAUUUCGCUCUUCAUGCUUCUGCGUAUCCCCUUGGAUAUGCUUGGUGACAUGUUUGCCCACGUCCAGGAAGCCAAGGUUUCGGUCGAGCGAGUCGAGGAAUUCUUACAAGAGGGCGAGACUGAAAAGUACGAGCAGCUCGGUACUGACAACGUUGAUGAGGAAGGUGUCAAGCGCAUCGGCUUCCGCGACACCACUCUCUCUUGGAGCAGCAAGGACAGCAAGACCGAGGACGGCCCCAGUGCUUUCCGCCUCUGGGACCUCAACAUCGACUUCCAAAUUGGCAAACUCAACAUCAUUGCUGGUCCGACUGGCUCCGGCAAGACCUCUCUUCUGAUGGGGCUGCUUGGUGAAAUGUCUUUGUAUAACGGCAAGGUAUUUUGCCCUGGUGGCCGCAGCCGCGACGAUGUCCGGCCCGACCCGGAAACCGGCCUCGCCGACACGAUUGCCUACGUUGCCCAGGCCGCUUGGCUCCUCAACGGCAGCAUCAAGACCAAUAUUUUGUUCGGCGCGCCUUACAAUGAGAAGCGCUACAACGACGUCAUUGUUGCGUGCGCCCUCGAGCGCGACCUCGACAUUCUCGACCACGGUGACGAGACUCUUGUUGGUGAAAAGGGCAUCACGCUCUCCGGUGGCCAAAAGCAGCGCAUCUCUCUCGCCCGCGCCGUCUAUUCCGACUCGGCCCACAUCCUCAUGGAUGAUUGUCUCUCUGCCGUUGACUCGCACACGGCUCACUGGAUCUUCCACCGCUGUCUCAAGGGCCCGCUCAUGGAGGACCGCACCUGCAUCCUCGUAACCCACAAUGUGCAGCUCUGCGCUCCCCAGUCCGAUUUCGUCGUCGUGCUCGACAACGGCCGUGUCAAGGCCCAGGGCGCAUCCGCCGAACUGAUUGCCACCGGCGAGCUCGGCGAGGACCUUCAAAAGUCCCGACCUGGCUCUGUCCUGACGUCUCGCGCGCCCUCUCGCGCCUCUAGUUUCGGCGAGACCACCGUCGUGGAGGGCACUCCCGACAGUCCAUACAAGCCCAAGGCCAAGAAGAAGGUCGCCCCUCAGGUGGAUCCCAUGGAUGAAGGCAAGGCUACCGGUGCCAUCAAGUGGCCCGUCGUGAAGCUCUAUCUCUUUUCCAUGGGCUCGUACUGGUUCUGGAUCAUCGCCCUGGUCGUCUUCCAGCUGCAGCAACUGGCACCUGUCGCCACCAAUGUCUGGGUCCGAGCUUGGGCUAACCAGUACGUCGAGGAAGACGUCCGCAGCGUCGCUUUUAGCUCUGCGAGUGCCUCUUACAAUAACCAGUUCCACCCCAAGGCCGCCUGGGCCACCAUCGCCAAGUUGAGCAACUUGCAAGUCGACCAGUCCCCUGCAUAUGCAGACGCCUACACAGUCGCAGGCCAGGUGCCAAUUAGUAUUGCUAAGCCGGCGCAUGAAGUUGAUGCAGUCUAUUACGUCUUUGGCCUUGCCUUCAUUGGUGCUCUUGGUGCUUUUACCGCCUUCGUUCGUGAUAUCUGGAUCUUCUUUGGCUCUCUGACUGCGUCUCGUCGUCUGCACAGCGCACUGCUGAGCUCUGUCAUGCGGGCUCGCUUCAAGUUUUUCGAUGUCACCCCUCUCGGUCAGAUUGUGAACCGCUUCAGCAAGGAUCUUGAAGCCGUUGAUCAGGACAUUGCCCCGACGGCCAUCGGUGUGCUCGCCUGCGCCCUGUCUCUGAUCGUGACUAUAGUUCUCAUUGCUGUGAUCACCCCCGCUUUCUUGUUUGCCGCCGUCUUCAUCGGCAUUCUCUUCUACGGCGUCUCCGUCCUUUACCUCCGUGCCUCGCGUGAUCUGAAACGCCUCGAAUCUGUGCAGCGCAGUCCCCUCUUCCAGCAGUUUGGCGAGACCCUCAGCGGCAUGACGACAAUCCGAGCCUAUGGCGUUGAGCGCCGCUUCAUCUUGGAGAACCUCGACAAGGUCAACACGUCAAACCGGCCCUUCAUCUAUCUCUGGGCCCUCAACAGGUGGUUGGCUUUCCGUGCCGACUUUAUCGGUAACAGUGUCUCGUUCUUUGCGGGCGUCUUUAUCAUUCUCAGCAUUGGCAAGAUCGACGCUGGUGCGGCGGGUAUCUCGCUUAGCUACGCCAUGAGCUUCACUGACAAUGUCUUAUGGCUGGUCCGGCAGUACGGCACAAACGAACAAAACAUGAACUCGAUGGAGCGAAUCAAGGAGUACCUCGAUGUUGAGCAGGAAGCCGACGCCAUUGUGGAGGACAACCGCCCGGCCGAAACCUGGCCGGAGAAGGGCGGCGUUGAGUUCAUCAACUACAGCACGCGGUACCGAGCCGACCUGGAGCCCGUUCUCCGUAGCAUCUCGCUCAAGAUCAACGCCAAGGAGAAGGUGGGCAUUGUUGGCCGCACUGGCGCGGGCAAGAGUUCGCUCACGCUUGCCUUGUUCCGCGCUCUCGAGGCUGACAGAGGCGAGAUUCUUGUCGAUGGUGUCAACAUUGGGGCCAUUGGUCUGCAAGAUCUACGUGAGAAGAUUACCAUUGUGCCGCAGGACCCGACUCUCUUCACCGGCACGCUGCGGUCCAACCUGGACCCGUUCGACCAAUACACGGACGGACAAAUCUUUGAGGCUCUGCGACGAGUGCACUUGAUUGGUGAGGAGGAUACCAGCGCACCUGCGACGCCAAUUUCUGCCGUUGCCAGCAACAAGAAUAUUUUCCGAGAUCUUUCCUCGCCAGUCGCGGAAUCCGGGUCGAAUCUUUCCCAGGGUCAGCGCCAGCUUCUCUGCCUGGCGCGCGCGAUGCUCAAGAAGCCCAAGGUGCUGGUUAUGGACGAGGCCACGGCUUCCAUCGACUACACGACCGACUCGAAGAUCCAGGAAACGAUACGCGAGAUGCGGGGUACCGUCAUCACGAUUGCCCAUCGGCUGCAGACCAUUGUCGACUACGACAAGGUGCUGGUGCUGGACAAGGGCGAGAUGAUUGAGUAUGCGCACCCGUGGGAGCUGAUCAGCAACCAAGACUCGCAAUUCCACAGCAUGUGCGAGUCGAGCGGCGAUCUGGAGAUCUUGAAGAAGGCAGCCAAGAAGAAGUGGGAUGCGGACCGCCUGGUGAGCACGGAGGCGCAAUGA